AACCUAAACGUCACGUCAGCUGUUUUCUAGUUUUGUUGACGACUGGUCUGACUCUGAACUUUCUCAGCUGUUCAGUGUUUUGGUUAAUUCCAACGAAUCGUUAUCUCAUUCCAUUCAUCUGAUUUAACAUGUCGGAACAAGAGGCAGCGACUUCAAGUGGCGAGAACCCAAUGGAAAUUCCCGAAUCCCAAGAAAAAAAGGAGGAAUUCGUCGAACCCGAUGCAAAAAAACGUAAAAUAUCCAAGCGAAACGACGAGACAACAUUUAAAUUGGAGGACAGACUGGGCGGUAUCCUCUGCUGCGCAGUUUGUCUGGACCUUCCCAGGGCCGCAGUUUAUCAGUGUACCAACGGGCACUUGAUGUGUGCCGGAUGUUUUACGCACGUGUUGGCGGACGCCAGGUUACGGGACGAGACCGCCACGUGUCCCAGUUGCCGCGUCGAGAUCUCGAAAACUUCGGCAACCCGUAACUUGGCCGUCGAGAAUGCCGUGAGCGAGUUACCGAACGAGUGCCAGUUUUGUAACAAGGAAUAUCCGCGAAACUCGCUCGAGAGGCACGAGGAACAGGAAUGCGAAGAGAGGAUUUCCGGUUGUAAAUUCUGCCGCAUAGGGUGCCCAUGGAGAGGUCCAGAACACGAACGUCAAGAGCACGAGAACCAGUGCGCCCAUCCACACCGUACCGGUGCGGAGGUGAUGGACUCGUUGCUAGUGAUGGACCAAGAGCAGGCCGAAGAGAAAAAGCUCUACGACAACAUUUUUGACUUGUUGGGGUAUGAGAAAAUAGCUUUUAAUGAAAUUCAGUUGAAGCCAUAUCGUACAGACGAGUUUGUGCACAGACUUUUCUACGAAUCCUCUCGGUUUUCGGCAUUUAAUAAUCAGUGGGUCGUAAAGGCCAGGAUAAAUAACUGCCACAAAGACCCUACUCAAAGUUCAGAACGUGAUAUGACUUAUCAGGUUUCGUCUGUUUCGUUUCAGUUAAUUUUAAAAUCAAAAUCCCCUACACCUUUAAGCUUAAACUACGUAGUUUUAAGAGGACCGGUGGGCGACAUCAAAGUGAAACCACGCAUAUACGAGUUUGACUUUACAGAACAAAAUAACGAGAGCCCGUACGUGUCCCUGCCUUUACCGGACACCGCGGAAUGUAAUCGACUGUUGGCUGCGAAAACGAUUAAUUUCAGGUUGAUAAUGUUUUUAGCUUCCAAGUAAGACAUAACAUCUCAAAAGUAACCCUCGCAACGCACGUGUUGCUGAAUUAAUUUCACUUUUGAAAACAUUAUUGUGCUGUAAUAAUGAAUCCUAAGGAUUUAUGACAUUAAUUUUAAAUCGACCGUAUAUAUCUUUUUAAAUGAAGGAUCUCAGACUCGCUAGGUUUAGUAAUUUCGGUUGUUCGCCCAUUGAUGUAAGUCGAUUGCGCUUGAUAUGAAACUUGAAGAAUAUUAUUAAAUUUUAAAAUUCGCUUUGACACUACCGUUCAUUGUGCAAUAAAAAAUCAUUAAUUUAUUGUUAAGUAAAUUUUUCAUAUUUUAAUUGUUUCUUUAUAUAUUCUUCGGCUUUGUUCUUGCGCGCUUUUAUUUAUAAGGAUAUUAUAUAAUUUAAAAUAUAGAUUAAUCUAAUAUAUUAUUAUCUUAAUUUGCCAAAAGUAUUUAUUUAAACAUAUAUUGUAUAUUUUCACUUUGUUAUAGUUUUCUUAUAGUAAAUAUGGAGGCCAUAUUUACAUUUUAAUUAUUAAGGAUUUAUAUAAUUUUUUUUUAGACCUUAGUUUCUAAUUGUUCUCCUUUUAUAGCUACAGACUGCUCUGAAUUUUAUUAAUUUUAGAGCUUCUAUUUUAAGGGAAAUGGUGUUAAUAGAAUUUUAAUUUUUUAGUUUCAACAUACAAAUAAAGAUCUAUUUAACUGCA